CCGGCGCGCGCGGCCAUGGGGCGGGCGGCGUGGGGGCUGUUGUGGCUGCUGCUGGGCAGCGCCGCGGGGCAGUACGAGAAGUACAGCUUCCGGGGCUUCCCGCCCGAGGACCUGAUGCCCCUGGCCGCGGCCUACGGGCACGCGCUCGAGCAGUACGAGGGCGAGAGCUGGAGCGAGAGCGCGCGCUACCUCGAGGCGGCGCUGCGGCUGCACCGGCUGCUGCGGGACAGCGAGGCCUUCUGCCACGCCAACUGCAGCGGCCCUGCGCCGCCCGCGGCCUCCUUCCCGGGGCCCGAGCCCGGCCCCGAUGGCGGCCGCGGCGACGAGUGGGCCCGCGAGCUGCGGCUCUUCGGCCACGUCCUGGAACGCGCCGCCUGUCUGCGGCGCUGCAAGCGGACGCUGCCCGCCUUCCAGGUGCCCUACCCGCCGCGGCAGCUGCUGCGCGACUUCCAGAGCCGCCUGCCCUACCAGUACCUGCACUACGCGCUGUUCAAGGCUAACCGGCUGGAGAAGGCGGCGGCCGCGGCCUACACCUUCCUCCAGAGGAACCCGAAGCACGAGCUAACCGCCAAGUAUCUCAGCUACUACCGGGGGCUGCUGGACGCCGCCGAGGAGCCCUUCACGGACUUGGAGGCGCAGCCCUAUGAGGCGGUGUUCCUCAGGGCUGUGAAGCUCUACAACAGCGGAGAUUUCCGCAGCAGCACCGAGGACAUGGAGCGGGCCCUGGCUGAGUACCUGGCCGUCUUUGCCCGGUGUCUGGCUGGCUGUGAGGGGGCCCACGAGCAGGUGGACUUCAAGGACUUCUACCCGGCCAUAGCAGAUCUCUUUGCAGAGUCCCUGCAGUGCAAGGUGGACUGUGAGGCCAACUUGACCCCCAACGUGGGCGGCUAUUUCGUGGAGAAGUUCGUGGCCACCAUGUAUCAUUACCUGCAGUUUGCCUACUACAAGUUGAAUGACGUGCGCCAGGCCGCCCGCAGCGCCGCCAGCUACAUGCUCUUCGACCCUGACGACAGUGUCAUGCAGCAGAACCUGGUGUAUUACCGCUUCCACCGGGCUCGCUGGGGCCUAGAGGAGGAGGACUUCCAGCCCCGGGAGGAGGCCAUGCUCUACCACAAUCAGACAGCAGAGCUUCGGGAACUGCUGGAGUUCGCACAUAUGUACCUGCAGCCAGAUGAUGAGCCCAGCUCAAGUGGCGCUCCUCCGGGAAGCCCUCCCUGCAUGUUCUGGCUCUGCCUUCUGGGCUUGCAACACCAACUGUGACCCUCUGUGCCUCCCUGACCCUGGAGUUACUUGCAGCCCUGAUCCAUCCCUUCUCCAGCCAGUCUCUCAGAGGCUCGUGCUUUGGGAUGGGGGACCAGGUUAUUCCCAGCUUUUCCACAGCGCCUGCCCCAGAGCUGGCACCGGGAAACUGAGUUUGAAUGAACCAGUGAAUGAAUGAAUGCCGGUGCCAGGAAGGAAGGACUGAAGUGUGAUCCCUUGAUCCUGAAUGAGGGGGUUUGGGAGUCCAAAUUUCUGUGGGUGUGGCUGCUUGGCGCUUAUUAUUUAUCCAUCCCCCACUUUGUUCACUCACCCGUGCCCCCACUCAUCAUGCAUGGGGGAGGGGCUAUGCUGUUUGCACCCCGGCUUUGGUGACAGCCAGACUUGGCCCCUCUGCUUACCAGCUGGGCAGCCUCCAGGCAAGUCUCAGGUAGCUCUUGAACUUCGGUUCCUGCAUCUCAAAUGGGGAGGGUGAUGCUGGUGUCACAGCAUUGUGGUGACCGUGAAAUGAGAUCAAGUAUGGAAAGCAUCUUCCCCAGAGCUGGCCCAGAGCAGGUGCUCGGUGGAUGGUGGCCAUUUUUAUUACACUUAUUUGUGGCCUGCUGUUUGCCAGACAAUGUGUGGGGCUGGGGUAAGUUGAUGAAAAGGUACAGUCCCCUUCUCAAGCAGCUCACAGUCUAGUUGGGGAGGCACAAACGGUGCUCAGGAGAGGUCAGCACGGGGCACCAGAGGAGGGCUCCAUAUCCAGCCAGGGUCAUCGGCCAGGGCUGAAUCCUGGAGCUGAUGCCUGGCAUUGGUGAGUCAAUGAGAGCGAUCCAGGCAC